ACGUGAAGUCUAGUCACUGACGGGUUAUUUUAUUUUCUUUUCGGCAGAAAGAAAUGUUACUGUAGAAAGGGGAAAGAAAAUCCGAGGGCUUUUGUCUGAGUCUCAGAGUGGCCGGAAGGAAAGUGGUUGCGAGGUCGGAGAGCGGUUUUUUGAGGGCUCGGUAUCAUGGUGAGGAAGAGGAGAACUGCACUGCCCGGCCAGGGUGAAAGCUCAGAGUCUCAGGAAGCCCCUGCAGGACGUGGUUCUGCUCCACAACGUCCACCAACUCAACAAUCACAGCAGACUGGAGGUGGUUAUCAAGGAGGAGGUGGCAGAGGAUGGGUCCCCCAGCCCCAGCAUGGUGGUCGUGGAGGUUAUGGUGGUCGUGGUGGAGGCGCUCCUCAGCGUGGAGGCGCUCCUCAGCAGUACUAUGGUGGGGCCCCUGAGUAUCACCAACAAGGAAGGGGUGGUCAGUCACAAGGAGGGGCAUCCCAGCAGCGCCGCGGCGGUGGCGGUGGUGGUGGUAUGUCUGGUGGCCGAGGGAUAGGACCACCUAGUGGUGGGCCUUCAAGGCCACCAGUUCCCGAGCUGCACCAAGCAACCCAGGCUUCAUAUUCAGCUGGGGUGACUACUCAGACUGUUCCAUAUGCGAAACCAGCAGGAAUGCAUAUGGAGGCUCAUAUGGAGGCUGGCUCAUCAUCCCAAGUGCCCGAGACAAGCUCUUUGCAAGUAACUCAGCAGUUUCAACAGCUUUCUAUCCAGCAGAAGGGGGCCUCAAGCCAGGCAAUUCAGCCAGCACCUGCCUCGAGUAAAUCAGUGAGAUUCCCGCUUAGGCCAGGCAAGGGUAGCACUGGAAUAAGGUGUAUGGUCAAGGCCAAUCACUUCUUUGCUGAGUUGCCUGACAAAGAUUUGCACCAAUAUGAUGUUUCAAUUACACCUGAGGUGACGUCAAGGGGGGUUAAUCGUGCAGUGAUGGAACAGCUGGUGAAAUUGUACAAGGAAUCUCAUCUUGGAAAGCGGCUUCCUGCUUAUGAUGGAAGGAAGAGCUUAUAUACUGCGGGCCCUCUCCCUUUUGUUUCAAAAGAGUUUAAAAUCGCUCUCAUUGAUGAAGAUGAUGGAUCGGGCAGCGCUAGGAGAGAAAGGGAAUUUAAAGUUGUGAUCAAGUUGGCUUCACGGGCUGACUUGCACCAUUUAGGGUUGUUUUUAGAGGGGAGGCUAGCUGAUGCACCACAAGAAGCUCUUCAGGUUCUGGACAUUGUUUUGCGUGAAUUGCCUACAAUGCGAUACUGUCCUGUGGGGCGCUCAUUUUAUUCUCCUGAUCUGGGAAGAAGGCAGCCAUUGGGUGAAGGACUCGAAAGUUGGCGUGGUUUUUAUCAGAGUAUUCGCCCUACUCAGAUGGGGCUGUCUCUGAAUAUAGAUAUGUCCUCUACUGCUUUUAUUGAGCCACUGCCUGUCAUCGAUUUUGUGGCUCAGCUUCUGAAUAGGGAAGUUUCUCUUAGACCAUUGUCUGAUGCUGAUCGUGUGAAGAUCAAGAAAGCAUUGAGAGGAGUGAAGGUUGAAGUUACACAUCGGGGGAAUAUGCGUAGGAAAUACCGUAUAUCUGGUUUAACAUCACAGCCAACAAGAGAGCUAACCUUCCCGGUUGAUGAAAGAGGCACAAUGAAGUCUGUUGUUGAGUACUUUCAUGAGACGUAUGGCUUUGCCAUACAACAUAUGCAGUGGCCUUGCCUGCAAGUUGGGAACCAGCAGAGACCCAAUUAUUUGCCCAUGGAGGUUUGCAAGAUUGUACCGGGUCAGAGAUACUCGAAAAGGCUGAAUGAGAGACAAAUAACUGCUUUACUUAAGGUGACCUGUCAACGUCCUCAUGAAAGAGAGUACGACAUUCUUCAGACGGUUCAUCAUAAUGCUUAUGCUGACGAUCCUUAUGCAAAGGAGUUUGGAAUCAAAAUCAGUGAGAGGCUAGCUUCAGUUGAAGCACGUGUUCUGCCUGCUCCUUGGCUUAAAUACCAUGACACAGGUAGAGAAAAGAAUUGUUUGCCUCAAGUUGGUCAAUGGAACAUGAUGAAUAAGAAAAUGGUUAAUGGUGGAACAGUGAACAAUUGGAUCUGCAUAAACUUUUCAAGGAAUGUGCAAGACAGUGUGGCUCGUAGUUUUUGUUCUGAGCUUGCACAAAUGUGUGUAAUUUCAGGAAUGGUAUUUCAUCGCGAACCUGUGCUUCCACCAAUCAGUGCCCGCCCUGAUCAGGUAGAAAGGGUCUUGAAAGCUCGGUUCCAUGAUGCUAUGACCAAACUGCAUCCUCAGGGCAAGGAGCUGGACCUGCUUAUUGUCAUUUUGCCCGAUAAUAAUGGUACUCUAUAUGGUGAUGUGAAGCGGAUUUGUGAGACAGAUCUUGGCAUUGUUUCCCAGUGCUGUUUAACAAAGCAUGUAUUUAGGAUGAAUAAACAAUAUCUUGCAAAUGUGGCCUUGAAGAUUAACGUGAAAGUUGGGGGAAGGAAUACAGUACUUGUUGAUGCACUCUCAAGGCGCAUACCUCUAGUUAGUGAUGUACCAACCAUCAUUUUUGGGGCUGAUGUUACCCAUCCUCAUCCUGGAGAAGAUUCUAGCCCUUCUAUUGCAGCUGUUGUUGCUUCUCAAGAUUGGCCAGAGGUCACAAAGUAUGCUGGUUUGGUUUGUGCUCAAGAGCAUCGACAAGAGCUUAUUCAAGAUCUAUUUAAAACUUGGCACGAUCCCGUUAGAGGAACUGUGACUGGUGGAAUGAUCAAGGAACUGCUCAUUUCUUUCCGAAGAGCAACAGGGCAGAAACCUCAACGGAUAAUAUUCUACAGGGAUGGUGUCAGUGAGGGACAGUUUUAUCAGGUUCUGCUUCACGAACUGGAUGCUAUACGCGAGGCGUGCAACUCUUUAGAACCCAACUACCAGCCCCCAGUUACUUUUGUUGUUGUCCAGAAACGUCAUCACACUAGGCUAUUUGCCAACAAUCAUGCAGAUCGAAAUGCUGUAGACCGGAGUGGAAAUAUAUUGCCUGGUACAGUUGUUGAUUCUAAAAUCUGCCAUCCGACUGAAUUUGACUUCUAUUUGUGCAGUCAUGCUGGGAUUCAAGGUACCAGUCGUCCAGCACAUUACCAUGUGUUGUGGGAUGAGAACAAGUUCUCAGCCGAUGGACUCCAAUCACUCACAAAUAACCUAUGCUAUACAUAUGCGAGGUGCACGCGCUCUGUCUCCAUAGUGCCUCCAGCAUACUAUGCCCAUCUUGCUGCUUUCCGUGCUCGCUUUUAUAUGGAACCAGAGACAUCAGAUAGUGGUUCAAUGUCAAGUGCAGCAGCUGCUGGGCGUGGAGGCCCGGUGGUUGGGGCAGGAGCUCGUAGCACAAGAUUGCCGGGUGUAAAUGCCCCUGUGAGGCCCCUCCCUGCUCUUAAAGACAACGUCAAGAGGGUAAUGUUCUACUGUUAGAUAUGCGCCUCUAGCCUGUUGGGAAGAGUUUACAAACUGGUGGUAGACUUGGUUGGUUGGAGUUUUUAGAUUGGUAUUUUACUCGUUUGCUGGCCUUGCUACUUUUGUCUCUUUCUGUUUGCCAAAGAGUGCUACUGUAAUUGGCACAAGGUUUUUAUAUUUCGUUAUGGACCGUGUUGAAUGCUGUUUUUUUAUUUUAUAUAUUAUUAAACUCGAGGGUACUUUUGAAA